GCUGUGGACUGUGACCCCGACAUGGGUAAAUUCCAGAGCAAGCUCCACCGCCGCUCUGAUGUCUACAAGACCAGGGAGAGGGUGGAGUCUUCAGCUUUGACACAGGUGGUGCAGUAUGAGCCCGCCCACUCUGAUGCUAUUAACUGUGUGACCUCCUUGACCUCUGACCUGUGUGUGUCAGGUGGGAGUGACCAGGUUGUGGUUGUAUAUGACUGGAGAGCUGGAAAACCCUGCAAAGCUUUUCAUGGCCACAGCAAGGAGAUCACCAAGCUAUGCUGCUUCUCAGGCAGUACGUGUAUCUUCAGUGCGUCUCGUGAUAAGAGCGUGCUGCAGUGGGACUUUGCUGGUGGCCGCGACCCUGUCCAAUCAUUUCACGGACACGAACUUGUCAUUAACGGGGUCGCCAUCAGCCCAGACGGGUCAAAGCUGUGCACGGGCUCUCGUGAUAACUCCAUGCGCCUGUGGGACAUUGAGACCGGCAAGUGUUUGCAGAAAAACACCAUCUCACGAAACCUGGUAACACAUGUCUGCUGGGUUCCUGGAGGAACAUCAGUUGUCCAAACCUCUGAAGACAAGACCAUCAGAGUGUGGGACAGUCGUUCGUGGCAGGUUACCAACACCUUUCCUGCUAAGCAGUACAUCCAGACACACUGUGACAUCAGCACCAACGGGAACCACCUGCUGUCCUGCAGUAACGGCUUCACGGGACAUGGCUGUGAGGCCACGCUGUGGGACCUGCGGCAGCCUGGUUGUAAGGUGGUGGAGUAUCGGGGUCAUCUCCACACCACGGCCUGCUGCGUCUUUCUGCCAGCUGCCCUGGGCUCCCCGUCUCUGGUAGCUUCUGCCUCCUAUGAUGGCUCAGUGAAGAUCUGGAACCAGAACACUGCAGUGUGUUUAUAUACUCUGUCUCUGGAUGGUUCUGGUCCACUGGUGUCCUUGGCUCCGUGUGACUCCAGCAACCUCCUGUGUGCCUCCUUCAACACAGGCCUCCACCACCUUCACCUGUCCCAGGGAACAGUGCCCAGCCUCAGGGAGGUGGCCCGCUUCUGACCCUGCAUCCGCACCUGCACCCGCAGCUAGCCAAGGCUAACGCUAACAGUAAUGGCUAAUUCACUGCCUGGAGAGAGAGAGGGGGCACACAUGGAGGGUGUCGGGACAGGGAACAUCCUCUCACUCAGGGCACACACACACACCCUCUCAAUCUCUCGGUCACACACUAUGAAAGCAGAAAAACCUGGGGCAGUUAUUUUUGCACUGAGGGGCAGGUUCAUCUCCACUAGAGGGGUUCUGAAGGAGGCACAAGGAGGCACAUAAUUUUAAGUUGCUUUGGAUAAAAGCGUCAUCUAAAUGCCACAAUGGCUGUAGUACAUUCUGUUGCACUCAUUCUCCAGUAUCCCUUCUCAGUGUUUGCAGUGAGUGGUACAUUUGUCUUGUCCCAUAUUUGAGUCAUGGCCAUUUUGAUUGGUGGGCCCGUUCUCGCAAGGCAGGCACAACAGCCAAGCAGCCAAUCACAACUAUUUACAAUCAGCCAAUCACAGAGUUUGUAUGUAGUGAAAGCGGGUAUGGUUUAAAAUGAAAACAAUUUCUUGGUGUCACUUGAAUGGCAGAGGUGUGAGUUGUCAUGGCCUCGGAUCAGUUUGACUGUUUUUCUGAGCUGAGAAGUAAAACUAUGACUUCUCUUGUUUUACGCACUCACGCACACAGGGACACACACAUACACUCACAUAUAUGGUCCACACACCGUCCAUACACUGAGACAUGUUAGUCAUCUGUUCAUUCAUCUGUUCAUUCGGCGUGUCAAGCUGAGAACCCAAAACAUGGACAUCAAAGAGCGCGCAAUCUGAGCGGGGGUAGGAGGGGUCAGGGUGGCAGUGACCCUAACCCUUAACCUAAUUCUAACCCUUAACCCCUAACCUUAACCCUAACCCCUAACCUUAACCCUUACC